AUGGACUAUCUGCGAACUCUCGGCAGUGCCGCCGUCUCGACUCUGGUUCAGAAGUCCGGGCUUAACUUACCUUUCUCCUUGGGACCCAAAGUGGCGUCGUUUGAUGGUGUGUGGGUGCUUUAUGAUGCAACGAAACGGGAUGAUGGCAGUCCUGUCUCAGUAUUCGAAUACGAUUGCUCGACGAGAAGAGCUAUGCUGCCCCUUGCCCGAAAUGCACUGCGGAAGCUGCGAACUACGCGUCAUCCAGACGUUCUCAAAUUUCUCGAUGCUGUCGAAACUGAGACGACAAUCCACAUCAUGACAGAACGUGUAAGGACUCUCCCAGAUACGCUUCAGGCUUGGACCUUUGAACGCGAAGAUUGGCUAGUCUGGGGUCUCCAUCGUGUCUCUGUUGCACUUGCUUUCAUCAAUGAUUCUGCAGGAUCGACGCAUGGAAACAUCCGCACUAACUCUAUCUUCAUAUCACCUUCAGGAGAGUGGAAGCUCGGUGGUUUCGAGCUUUUAAGUAACCCUAAAGACGAUGCCGCUGUCCUCUACACUUUGGGUGGCCAAAUACCAGAUGCGUCGGGCUGGGCAUCACCAGAAGUCAGAAAAGCAGGUUGGGGAGUGAUAAAAGAGCAUGAACCUUCCGCUCCAGAUGCUUAUGCCUUGGGUCUGCUUUUACAUGCGGUAUUCAAUCCGUCACUGCCUCCUCCGGCUACUGCUUUACCGCCCCACCCACCGCCCCAGCCGUCUUCUCGUGGUGCAAUUCCCCCGUCCAUAUUUCCGUCUUUCAAAAAGCUUCUGAAUCCCAACCCGAAAGGACGACUUACACCGAAUGGUUUCCUCGCGAUCGGGAUGGCUGACAACGGUUUCUUCUCCAACAAUCGCUUGGUUAAAGUCUGCAACGGUCUCGAUAACUUCUCUCUUAGCAGCGAGGCGGAGAAAAAUGUGUUGCUGCGGACUUUAAACGAAACUGCCAACUCUUUCCCGCCCGAAUUCGCCUCUUUUAGAGUCCUUCCAUCUCUUAUAUCGGCGCUUGAGUUUGGUGGUGCAUCUGCUGCCACCAUUGUCCCUCUCGUCACCCUGUUUGGCAAGAAUGUCUCCGCUGCGGAUUACCCCAACGUAAUCCUCACCCCACUCGUCAAACUAUUCGCUGUCCAGGAUCGAGGUACUCGAAUGGCACUGCUGGACCAUCUACCUGAAUACGUAGACAAAUUGGAUAAGAAGACAGUCGAUUCCAAGAUAUUCCCUCACCUUCAAACGGGUUUCUCUGAUACCGUCGCGGUUAUUCGAGAAGCGACUGUUAGAUCAAUAAGCCUUAUAGCUCCCCUUUUAUCUGACCGUAUCCUGAAUAAUGAGCUUUUGCGUCACCUUGCCAAAUUGCAGUCGGACCCAGAGCCAUCGAUCCGAACAAAUACUUGUAUCCUAAUCGGGCGGUUAGGACCAACCUUGGGCUACAAUACUAAACGCAAAGUCCUUGUUCCUGCGUUCACGCGUGCCCUCAAGGAUACCUUUGUUCAUGCACGUGUGGCUGGAUUAAUGGCGUUCAUGGCGACAAUAGAUUGCUUCGAUGUCGAAGAUGUGGCCAGUAAAGUCAUUCCUAACAUGGCCUUCACGCUUACUGAUAAAGAAAAGCUCGUCCGAGACCAGGCGUUCAAGGCGAUAGACCUUUUCAUAAAACGAUUAGAGAGUCAUGCUUCAACCAUGCCCGAGACCGCCGCCCCGGAAGCGAGCGAAGCUAUUGGGAUAACAUCGCCAGCUCAAGCUACAUUGGUCAAUUCCGCAGCAGGCGCUGCCGGGGCGCUGGCCGGCUGGGCAAUCUCGUCAUUAGGCAAGAAGUUGGCGACGUCUGAUCUCCAAACUACAAUCACUGCUGCCCCCGAGCUUGUCAUCGAAAGGCCGACUUCUGCACCACAAAUAGGCAACAGGUUGUCCUCUAACCCCGACACUCCAAUGGGGAUCAGGACCAAUGUAGCUUCCCCUACUCCAUCGAAAACCAGCACGCUACAGCUUGGAGCUAACAAAGUACCAGCAAGCGUGGCGACUGCAGCUCUAGUACAGAAACUCGCUGAAGAGGCUGCUGAGCAGAUUCAAGACAAUCCUUGGGGGAAUGAUGAUCUAAUUGAUGUUAAUGAUGCGGAUGAUUGGAGUGCAUUCGAAACCGCACCACCAGUAAAGAAACCCGCCAUAUCAAUGAGCGCAGGACCAUUCUAUAUAGAUGGUAAUUCUUGGGCGAAUUCAUUCGUUUCAGUGCCAAGCUCACCCGCACCACGAACUACGGAGACAACAUCCAAGUCACCUCCCAUUCAAUCUUCUCCUCCCUCAUCGAGUGUGCUUACUAAGGAGGAGAAGGCUGCCGAGAUGCAAAGGCGAAAGGAGGAACGCAAACAGCGCAUCGCCCAACUGAAAGAGCAAAAACGGGCGAAUUUGGAGUGA